CCUUAACACUACGAAUGUGGCAAUCCACAUUUGCAGUCAGCUGUUCGUACACCAAAAGUCAAAUUGGACAACCGUGAAAAGUAGAGUUUAGUAGACUAUUUUUACGAAGGUUUGAAAACACAAGAUUUAAAGACGCGUUUCUUCGAAAAUGUCGGUACCGUUUACCGUGCGGACGCACUCACGCCAAGUAUGCAGUCUAUACAAGAGAGCACUACGUAAUCUGGAAGCGUGGUAUGACCGCAAAAAUAUUUUCCGGUAUAGAGCGGUGUUACUGCGUCAACGAUUUGAUAAAAAUCGUUGUGUAUCUGAUAUGGCUGAAGCCUCUCGUUUGCUAGCCGCUGGAGAACAGGAGUUGUUCGAUACCAAACACUUCCAACCUAAAUACUUUGCUAACAGUCCUGGUGGCUGCGCCUUCGAACGUGAAGUAAUACCACCAGAUUGGGUUAUCGACUACUGGCAUCCUUUGGAGAAAGCGCAGUAUCCCGAAUAUUUUGCGAAACGAGAACAACGCAAAACGGAAUUCAUUGCUUGGUGGGAGAAGCAGUACGGCAAACCCGAUCCAAAGGACUUGGGCCACCAUUAAAUAUGCAUUGAAUUAAAUCUUGAGAGCAAAAACGAAAAAGUUCAGUUCAAUAAGUACCGAUAUACUGCAAAUGGUAAUCUAAGAAUAGCAAAUAAAAACUGCAAAAACGAA